AGGGAGGCAGAGGAGCAAGAGGUUGCAUCUUGACUGGACAAUGUACCAUGUACAAUGUCCCAGGAGCAAAGAAAUUGAAGAAACAGUUCGAGUAUUGAGAGAUAUGACACUGUUCCUCCCAGCAACGAUCAAGCCUGGCUUUGAAGGCAUACAUUACAAACAGUGCAUUUGUGAUCAAUACUAUUAUAGCUUUGUAGCGUGACCCUCAGUGAGCUCAAAAAAUCAACCUUACACUUAUUACGCAAUAUACACACAAUAUACCAAAAUACGCUUUGCUGAGUUACAAUUAAAACGUUGUCAGUUCGGAACGUCGUAUAUAAUGUAGGCCUACUUGCGUGUAAACACUGGCCUUAUAUUAUACUGUGAUACUUGAUCUCCUACGUUAUUAGUUGAAUGCUUUCAAUUUUCAUUGCUGCUGUUGUGGGCGGGCAGAAGUUUGUGUAGUAUCAGUCUGACUGUACUUUGGUGGACUUUCACAACGAGUUCCAAUCUAUUUGAUUGAAAUUAUCAUCGACUCAAAUUCUGCACAUCGGUGAAAGUGAUAAGGGCGACUCGUCAAGACCACCAUGUACCGCAUCAUACCGGAGUAACAGAAUAAUUAUUAUCCCUAAUAUAAUAAGCCCAUGCGAAGCGAUAAUUGAGGACGAUAUUUUAGCCAGUUUGAUCAACAGCAAACGCCAGUUCUGACAACUUGCUACCCAUGUUAACUCGAACAAACACCGGAUAAUUUACGACCUAAUUUUCACUCGAAAAAAAACAACUACGACCUACUGUCGUAAACAAACUUUUUGAUCAAAAAUGUCUACUCGUAGUAGAUCUUGUACGUGCUCGCGCCCGAAAUGCUCCGAUUUCGGUCUUGGAGGAGUGUCCCCAUCCGUCUACGUCACAACUCAGUGUCCGAUGCACUACGGAGUAUACCUGGCCUACCGUCUCCUGAUCACGCUCUAUCUCUUGGGCUAUUUUCUCUAUUUAUUCAUCGUGACGGUUAGUCCUGGAGGCGAAUACGGCGGGUACUUCUUCAUCUACCUCACCCACUGGGGCUACAUCCUAAUGCUGGUGUACCAAAUCUGCGCCCUGUGGAACAUCAUCGUCUAUGCGGCCUUCAUGAAACCUGCAGGGUGGACUUCUGAUGAUGACGUCCCUUGGUAUUUCUUUCACCGCGGCCAGUGGUUGCUCUUUAACAUGUACGCUUCCGUCUCGAUCAUCAUCUCCCUCCUUUACUGGGGCGCCCUCUACGUUCCCGGAACGGUCGAUCUGUACUACGACAUCAACUUCCAUACCCUCAACGGGAUCGUCGCCCUGAUCGAGAUCUUCCUCUCGGCGAUGGCUAUUCGCAUCCUGCACUUCAUCUACCCGUUCAUGUUCUCCGUCGCAUAUGCUGUUUUUGCUGGGAUAUACUACGCAGCCGGGGGCACUGACGAGGAGGGAAACCCGUCCAUCUAUUCCAUUCUCGACUUCGGGGCCAAUCCGGGUCUCGCGGCUGGACUCGUCAUCGGGGCCCUGGUCGCAGUCGUGGUCGUUCAUAUCCUGAUCAUUUGGGGACUCCAUAAGUUGAAAGUCUUGAUAUUCGAUAAAUGCUGCCCAUCAUGUUUCCCGAACGAAAACGUUGAAAAUAGAGAUCUCGAGAUUGAAGGCGAACCCCAUCAACUCAAAGUUUAGGUCUCGGUAUUAUUAUUGAUAGCCGCAACCACUGAAAUUCAUUUUUCGGGUAAAUUGCUGCACGAUAAACAACCGCAAUGUCUAUUACAUGUAUAUUCAUUACAUGCAUGGUGAGGAUUCCUUUUUUGUUAGGGGGUGUGGGGGGGGGGGGAGCUUUAGCCAACUCCGAAAAAAUUACAAACUCUCCUGAAUCCCGGCAAACGCCAUUUUAUUUUAGGUAGCUUGGUGUUCUUAUAUAAUAAUGAUAAAUAUACUGUAAUGAGAAGAUGUUGCUUUAAAAGGCUAUGAAAAGCUAUGCAAUAUACCGAGAGUGAAUGUCACAAUAUACUCCUUACAACAUCUUAAAGUGGAAAGUAGAUAUUUAGGCAAAAUUAAUAAUAGAACUCAUCACGUUUAGAUCUAACACUAUGCAAUAAACCAAAGAACACGAAAAUUUCGAAACAUCAACCUAUAAGGCAAUUUCUAUAGCCUUGGAUCAUCACGUACUGGCGCGUUCGAACAUUACAUGAAAACAAAAUAUGACGUAAUUCGAAAAAAAUGAUUUUACUCAACAGGGUAUAAAAUCGUCCUUGAGUUGAUUUGUCGAAUGUUUUUGUGAUCCUGAUCAUAUAAAGAAAGUAAUAAUAAAUAAUAAAAUAAAUAAUAAAUAAAAUAAUAUGGGCCAUAACUACAUGUUUAUAUACAGUCGAGUCUAUGAUGUUGAUAGGGGAGGUGAGGGGGGUAUUUAUAUUUCUGUUUCAAAUUAUGUUUUUUUUCUUCUUCAUGUGAUAAUAAAAAAGAGAAGAGAUACAAAUAUCUAUAAAAAAAAAUACAGUUUUAUGUCUGUUACCAGUACUCAGCGCUCCAUUGGUUAACAGCAUAUGAAUGAGUCUGGAGUGCACAUUUCAUUGAAAUUGGUACACAUUCUCAAUUUAUCAGAGAUGUGAUACUACAAGGAAACAUGGCCUUAAACUACCUAAUAACCAAUCUACCUCUUUAAAAAAAUAAAAAAAAUAAAAAAUAAAAAAAAUAUCUGUAUAAUUAUGCAACAGUUGUUAUCUUAUUCUUAAAAGCUUUAUAUUGUUUAAAUUAAUUUUAACUAAUAUUUUAUUGAUAUUCGAAUUUUCUUGAUUCAGCACAUGGAUUUUGACUAUUCAACCAAUGUCACAAAUGUAUAUAAAGGCUGUGAAACAAAACUUGAAGUUCUAUAUUAUUCUGUUCACAUUCUUUUGGGGGAAAUGAGAAAUCAGUGAUAUCCAAUACACGUCGAAGGAAUUAUAUCCACAAAUGUUUGGGUACUCUUUUACCAAUAUGUGUCCACAAGAUAGCAAUAUGCAAAUGAUCAAAAUAUUGGUAACUCUUA